AUGGAAAGUUUCACUGAAACACGAAUACAAAUGGAGACAAUAUUUCACGAAAAGCAAGAGGGCUCGCUGUGUGGUCAACACUGUUUGAAUGCAUUACUUCAGGCCGAGUACUUCACGGCCGUAGACUUGGCUCAGUUGGCACAAGACAUCGAUGAACAGGAGAGACAUCGGAUGGCAGAGGGAGGCGAACAUCGGGACGAAUACCGAAGAUUUAUUGAAUCUCCGUCGGAUAAUAUGGACGACUCGGGCUUCUUCUCAGUGCAAGUGAUUGCCAGCGCUCUUAAGGUUUGGUCACUCGACUUGAUUGCAUUCAAUGGCAGUAAUGAGAUCUCGUUGGCGGCCCAAACGGAUCCGACAGAGCAUUGGUUUACAAUCCGAAAGAUCGGUCGCCAAUGGUUUAACUUAAACUCGUUGCUGACGGGACCCGAACUCAUAUCCGACACAUACCUGUCUCUCUUCUUAACCCAACUCCAAAGGGAAGGCUAUUCGAUAUUCAUAGUCAAUGUCAAUGGUAUUCUUCCGAAUUGCAAUGCAGACAAUGUUUUGGCCGAACAGAUGGUCACCCAAACUGAAAAACCCCGCCUCCUCUCCGAAGUGAACAAAUCUAAGACUAAAUCGAAAGUUCGGAACCAAUCGUUGACCGAAGAAGAAAAUAGAGAACUCGAAGAAGUGAUGAAAAUGAGUAUCGAAAGCAAUGCCGAAGAGGAAAAGCGUCAAUUGGAAGCGGCUUUAGCUAUGAGUCUUGAAUCCACGUCUAAACCAUUGAAUCAAUUUCCAAGUGAGGAAGAGAUGCUCGACAGGGCUCUCAAGAUGUCACUCGAGGCCUUAUAA